GGCCGAGUGGUCGAUGGACCACAGCACCAGCGAGGAGCGGCCGUCCAGCGAGCCCAGCGCGGCGGAGCUGAGGCGCGCCAAGAACAGACGGCAGCAGCGCAGCUUUCGGCAGAAGCAGAGGAAGAAAAUCGAGGAGCUGGAGGUCAGCGCUCGCGAGCUGAGGCAGCAG